AUCUGCUCGUUCCUUGAUUUGGCAAAAAGGAGUCGAGGAGUCCGCAUCUCCAACUUCUGCCUCCGAAAACAAGAAGAAGGAGGGGGGAAAAAAACGCGUCUGCUGAGGAGCGUCUGCGCGCGUUGGAGCAGAGUGCGCGCUUUUCUGCGGAGGAGCAAUUUCAUCAUCUGGAAGUUACCUCUCAUUUACCAGGGGUUUAUCCAGGACAUUUAAAACACACAAAAAAGGCCAUCAGUCGAAAAGUAAACAGGAGGAGCGAACAGGAGGACCAACAGCGAACCAAAGGAGCGGAGAGAAGGAGAGGUGACCUGGGAAAAGCGACAUGUUUGGUAUGGUGAAGAAUUCGCUCUUCGGAAACACCGAGGAGACUGAAUAUAAACUGCUCAGCAGCGAGACGAAGGACGGAGUGAGCUUUGAGGUACGACGUUACGAUGCUUUCAAAUACGCCGCGGUGUCCUCUGAGGGACGAACCUUCGACCAAGUGACAGGAGAGCUGAUCAGGAAGUUGCUCAUGUACAUUGGCGGGAGCAAUGAACAAGGUGAAGCCAUGGGGACAGCAGCGCCCAUCAUCAUCACAGUGUAUCCUCGGAACGACGGCGUUCUUUCUCGCCGUUUGGUGGUCGGCAUCCGCAUUCCCACCGACUACCAGCAAAGCCCCCCGACUCCCACCGACAGUGCCGUCAGGAUCGAGGAGCGGCCCGGCAUGACCGUCUACGCCCUGCAAUUUGGAGGAUUUGCCGGAGAGAGCGAGUACCGAGCAGAGGCCUUGCGUUUGACACGAACCCUGGGUGAGACGGCCCCCUUCCAGCGCAAACAGUACUUUUGCUGCAGCUUCGACCCGCCACUGAAGCCUUACGGACGCAGAAAUGAGGUGUGGUUUCUACAGGAAGAGCCGUAGGAGUCAUUCAGUCGCUCAAAUCUAAUGCUGAAUUCCUCAUUUGACCUCAGUUACCCUUCCACCACUGACACUCCUGUAGCCACGUAGGCGUAGAUAUCAUGGGGGUAUACUUCCCUGUUAAUAUUUACAACACAUUAUUUUGUCCAUUUCAAUAUACACAUGAAAGAUAUAAAAUGUUUUUCUUUUAAUUCCCAGAAAGAACUAAAUUAUGAGCUCAUACAACCACGGAGUCCAUUGUAGAUAACGUAAUUAGAUCCAUAUAUAUUCCAUUAUGUUCUUAAUUGUCACCUGGUGCCUGAUUUUUGUGUUUUCCUUUCUAUAAAUAAAGACAUUUUCACCAUUUGUAGAUGCAGAAAAGCCGCAAAUUGGUGCAUAAAAUCUACCUAAAUUACACUCAAAGACCUCCAGCCUAAUGUGUCCCUUCACAUGAAACCUACGGUCGUGUCUGAAGUUAGGUGUUCAAGCAGUAGCGUUUUUCCCGAAUUUGAAUUCUGACUAAAGUGUUAAUUCGAUAAAUUUCCUCUUCUAAAAAUACCACCUUGAAAUCAGUAUGUACAAACACUAUUCAACUGCUAAGCUAAACUAAAUCAAUUUCAUUUGACUUUUUCAACACAAAUUUACAAAAAAAGACUUUUGUGUCAAAAUGUAACAAAUUUUCACAAAGCAAUCAAUUAAAAAUAGAAAAUGUAUAAUGAGCAAUUCCACCUUCUUUAAAGCAAUGCAACACAGGUGCAGCCAACUGAUGUUAGAAGUAACAUAAUUAGUGAAAUGUAGAUCAACGGAGUAGUUCUGAUUGUAGUAUGAAGUAUCUGGAAGGUCCAGUCACUGGUCAAUCAGGACUGCUUUCAGUAACUACAAAAUAAAGACAAAACAAUAUUCCAAGAAAAGGCUACUAAAAUCCAAAAUCAUUGGAAGGAUGCAAGAAAAAGUAUCUCUUGGAGUGCGGUUAAAUCUAUCAUUAAGAUAAGAGUCAUCGACUACAUUGAGGGAGGCCACCAAGACAAGUAUUUGUCCUCUGAAGGAGUUACAAGUUUGAGUGGUUGAUUUAGUAAAGAUUUUGUGGACAACAACUGUUCUCAACUAGUCAAAGCUUUAUGAGAAAGUUGAAAAACGUAUGAAAUGUAAAUAUUAAAUCUUGACUACAGUUUGCUAGAAGGCUUGCUGGAGAUUCUGAAGUCAACUGGAAGAAUGUUCUUUGGUCUGAUGAGUCCAAAAUUAGGCUGUUUGCUUAUCCGACUAGAUGUUAUGUUUGGUUAACACCAAACAGUGCUCAUCAUCACAAGGGUGCAUCAACUAACUACUGACUUGAUGGGCGUGAGUAUCGAUGCAGUCGCUUAUUUUACGUUUUAGAAUUUCAUCAAAUUCACAUGAACUUGUAGAAAUCGCUUUUCACUUAUGGCAUGAAAGAGUCUUUUUUGUAAAUUUUUGUUCAGAAGCCCAUUUACAUUGACCAUGAUUACACACUGCCUGUCCAAAGGGAAAAAAAGUUGCACACUCUAAUAUUGCAUUGGACUAGUAGAGCUUUGAACACUCAUUCUCUGUGGCAUCAUUUCAAUAAGCUUUUGCAAAAUCACAGCAUUUAUUUCUGUCCAGAGUCGAAUUAAUUUUCUACCAAGAUCUUAUACUGAUGAUGGGAGAGUCGGACCGCUGCAUAAAGUCUCCUCCAGAACAUCACAAAGAUUCUCAGUGGGGCUCAGUUCUGGAUUCUAAGGAGGCCAAUCCAUGUGUAAAACUGUCUCAUGCUCCCUGAUCCAUGAAUCCCGGCAUCGUCAUCUUGGUGGUGACUUUUUUUUUUUAGCCAGGCAGUGUAUGUUGAAAAGCAUUAACUGGGAAAACGUUCUCAGGGUGGUGAAUACUUUUACAGGCACAGUAGAUGCGUUUAGUUCUGUAGAUCUAAAAGGAGCUGCCGUCGAAAUAACCGGCAUGCUACUGCCACUUACUUACAGACAUGGAACUCAAUGCACAACCUCCUACAAAUCUGCAUUUAAAGACAAAUGAGUUGAUCUUUCCUUUUAGACUUCCAUUUUCAAGUCCUGACCCCAGUUUUUAAGUCCCAUCUCCCUGAAAAGCACACAGUAGGGCUUUACACAUCUUUAACCUCAUUCACACUUUAGUGACAACUACAGAGAAAUGUACAGAACUGACACUGGAUACAUAGUAGUGUAAAGCACACUUUCUUUCCUGAAUAAGGAAAGACACAGGAGUUGAGCCAUAAACUAGAAGUAGUCUCUAUGAAUCAGUGGAUGGGCAGCUGUGAGUGGAGCUUAGCUAGUUUCUGGUGUUGUUCUAAACUUUGUGAUCAUGUGUGUGUAGUAAAUACUUUGUGUUUUAGUGCAUGACGAUGCCAUCUUUAUUUAUUGGGACUGUUGAAGCUGUUAUGCGAUACACAUCUGUACAGUGUGAUUUUCUGUGAUAAGAGUGCAUAUCAUGUUCAGGAUUGACAGUGUUUCAUAACAUAAUAAUAAAUAUAAUAUUCAGGUA